AUGGCCGCGCCUGAAGACAGGAGUGAUGAAGCACCAGGUCCUGAAUGUCUCUCUCCUGAUUCAAGCCAGCUAUCGACAAAUAUCGAGGCAGAGGUCCUGCAGCUGCUUCAAACCCCAGAGAGUGUCCCCAGCCUGGUGCCAUGCAGUAUGGUGGCUCUAGCAGGCACCAUGCCAGACUCAGUCCAAGCUGCCUGUGGGCCAGUGAGGGGUGCAGGUCCUGAUACACUGGGAGAUCACCCUGGUCAACACAGGGGUAAACAGGUCACAGCAGCACUCAUUACACCUGAUACUGAGCAUGAUAAAAAGGCUCCAGUGAGAAUAGUAAAGGAAGAGAGUAACAAGGCUGAGGCUCAAGCCAUUUGUGUGCUCUCCUCCCAAAGUACAGCUUCUAAAAUAAGUGAACCAGACGCCCCUCAAGCUAAGAUACAACCGGUGCCUAUUUUGCCACCAGCAACACAGAACAGACAAACUGGUGCUAGAGGCAGUAGGAAUUUCUUCAUGAUAAAGAAAAUGUGUGCACAGCUAACGGACUCUCAGAUACUGAGUUUUAAACAUGAAGCUGUGAAGCGAAUCCUCCAGGCAGAGAACACCAUUAGUAGUAGUGGCUUAUCAAAAAUGCGAGUUAAGAUCCUUGCUCGCUUGGUGAGCCAGCUAGAUACUGCUAUGAAGCUGGAGGUUUUGCGCCAUUUUCUAAGUGACACACAUGGGCAGCUGGAGCUGGCGGUAGCUUGGCUGUACCAGGAGUACUGUAAGUACCUAUCUGAUGGGGAUGAUCAGGGAUACCAAGAGUGUCUAAUUGCAAUGUUGACUGGCCUCCAAGAUAGACCUGACCUGAAUGAUGGGAUCUUCAGUAAAGUUGUCCUUGGAGCUCCUAUGCUUACAGAUUCUGCACUUGAAGUAAUUAGGAAUUACUGUGAAGGCGAAGGCCAUAGCUAUCUAGGAAUGGCCACUUUGAGAGAGCUAAUCAUGACUCGGCCAGCCCAUCGCUUCCAAUAUCUCCAUCUCCUUUUGGACUUGAGUUUACAUGAAAAAGAUAAGGUCCGCCAACAGGCUAUUCACUUCAUUAAAUAUUUGUAUGAGAAGCAAACUCUCCAAGAGUAUAUAGAGAUAUUUGCCCUAAACUACUUGCAACUCCUUGUCCAUCCUAACACCCCUUCAGUACUCUUCAGGGCAGAUAAAGAUACAGAGGUUGCAGUCCCCUGGACAGAAGACACUGUUAAACAAUGUUUAUAUGUUUAUUUGGCCAUACUCCCACAGAACCACAGACUUAUACAUGAGCUGGCAUCUGUUUAUGCUGAAGCCACUGCUGUCAGCAAGAGUAUUUUGCGCAGGGUCAUUGAUACCCCAAUAAGAUGCAUUGGGAUGAACUCCCCAGAGUUUUUAUUGUUGAUAGAAAACUGCCCUUAUGGGGCUGAGACUCUGGUUAUUCGUUGCUUGUAUAUCCUGACUGACAAUGCACCUCCAUCUCCUGAACUAGUGAAAUGUGUCCGUGCUUUAUAUCAGAAGCGUGUUCCAGAUGUCCGUUUCCUGAUCCCUGUGCUGAAUGAGCUGAGUAGGAGAGAAGUAAUUCAGGCUUUACCCAAACUCAUUGAACUAAAAUCCUUUGUAGUGAAAGAUGUGUUCAACCGACUUUUAGGAUUUUCACAUGGAGAUUUUCAUUCUGCAAUGCCUUCUUUCACCCCUAGAGAUUUAAUCAUUGCUCUUCAUGACAUUGACACCCGAAAAUGUAGCAUCAAACGUGUCAUUAAGGCUAUUAACAUAUGCUUUAUGGCUAGUUCAGUGUACACUCCCAAAGUCCUAGCUGGGGUCCUUCAACAGCUGACAAACACUACACCUAUCCCUGUGCUCCUUAUGAGAACAGUCAUCCAGGCCUUAGAGAUAUACCCUGAACUAGCAAGCUUUAUCAUGAGUAUAUUGACUCAUCUCAUCUACAGGCAGGUUUGGAAGUACCCCAAAGUGUGGGAAGGAUUCAUUCAAUGCUGCCAGAAAACAAAUCCACAGUCCCUGUGGAUCAUCAUGCAGCUCCCACCUCCACAGCUUCUCUCUAUCCUACAAACUUGUCCAGAUAUUCGAGCACCCUUUUUAGCUCGUGUCAGGGCUUCCAGCCUACAUCAGUUGGCUCAUGUUCCUCACUCCAUCAGGGCUAUUCUUAAUGCUGAGUCCAAAAGAGAAUCAGAGAAGCAGAAAGCUCUCUCUCAUGAUAUCAUUUCCCGUUGCUCAGUUCACGAAAAAUGCUUCAAGAGACCACGUUUGGAAGAACAAAAGAGGCAAAAUAUUAAAGAAAAGCAAGAGGAGAUAGCAGAAGUGGGAAUGCCUUCCCUUCUUAUAGAUGCAGAAAAGGGUGAGCCAGUGAAAGCCUAUGGGGAGGAAAAAUCUCAAGAAAAUUCAUUGAACUACACUACUGAAACAACAGAGUCUUCUCCACCUGAUGAGCCCUUAACAGAGGAUUAG